UCAGGCGUAUGAGAUGAAAUCCACUCCACGGGGCCAGGCACUUAUCAUGAAUAUUAGGAAUUUUGAUAAGUCCCCCGAGAGGAACGGCUCAGAAAUUGAUAGGGAGAGGAUCGAAAAACUAUUCAAGAAGUUGAAUUUCUCCGUCACGGUCACGAACAAAGAGAUCGCUGAGAAACACGGCAGGAACUUGGCGCAGAAAGAAGAAUUCAUGGGCUAUGUGAAGCUUGACAACAUGAAGGAGGAUAUAAACGAAUUCGCGAAGAAAAACCACGGCGAUUGUUGCGUCGUUGUCAUCAUGAGUCACGGAUACCAAGGGCCAGCAAUCCAAAAUUCGACGCCCCAGGAACCAGCUCCCAGAUCCCAGACAUCACCUCUUGGAACACAGGAACCAGCUCCCAAAUCCCAGGCUCAGGACGCAAAACCUCAUCACGAGGCUUUGAGGCAAUUACCUUUUGUAGUGUACUCUUCAGACGAGAAGCCGCUUGCGGUGGAG